AUGCCUCGCAAGGCAAUCGAUUCGCGCAUUCCUGCGCUCAUUAACAAUGGCAUUCAGGAGAAGAAGCGGAGCUUUUUUGUCGUGGUUGGCGAUCGGGCAAAAGAUGCGAUCGUUAAUCUGCAUUUCCUUAUGUCCCACAAUGUUAAGCAGAAUAAGUCGGUUCUAUGGGCUUACAAGAAGGACCUGCUAGGAUUCACAAGCCAUAGGAAGAAGCGUGAGGCGAAGAUCAAAAAGGAGGUGAAAAGAGGCAUCAGAGAACCCAAUCAAGAGGAUCCCUUCGAGUUGUUUAUCACGUUGAACCAGAUCCGAUAUGUGUACUACAAAGAGACGGAGAAGAUUCUAGGAAACACCUACGGAAUGUGUAUCCUACAAGACUUCGAAGCCAUGACGCCAAACCUGCUUGCGCGGACCGUCGAAACUGUCGAAGGAGGUGGGGUAGUGAUAUUGCUGCUAAAGAGCAUGAACAGCUUGAAGCAACUCUACACAAUGUCAAUGGAUAUUCACUCGAGAUACCGGACUGAGGCCCAUGACGAUGUGACUGCCCGUUUCAACGAACGCUUUAUCCUUUCUCUUGGAGGCUGCGAUUCAUGUUUGGUGGUCGAUGAUGAGCUGAACGUGUUGCCAAUUUCAGGCGGAAAGAAUGUGAAGCCACUCCCACCUCCCGGACCCACUGAUGCAGAGAGCACAGGUACAAAGAAGGAGCUGAAAGACAUCAAGGAUAGCUUAGUGGAGACUCAGCCUGUCGGGCCUCUUGUCAAUCUCGCUCGCACCGUCGAUCAAGCCAAGUCCCUCCUUACGUUUGUCGAUGCGAUUGCGGAGAAGACUCUUCGAAGCACCGUUACGCUGACUGCGGCAAGAGGUCGCGGAAAGUCGGCUGCUCUAGGUGUCGCUAUUGCUGCAGCAGUUGCCCAUGGCUAUAGCAACAUUUUCAUCACAUCUCCCAGCCCCGAGAACUUGAAAACGCUCUUUGAAUUUGUGUUCAAGGGAUUUGAUGCUCUUGGCUACCUCGACCACGUCGACUAUACUAUUCUUCAGUCUACGAACCCUGAUUUCAAUAAAGCUAUUGUCAGGGUUAAUAUUCACCGCCAGCACCGUCAAACCAUCCAAUAUAUCCAGCCCCAGGAUGCCCAUGUGUUGGGUCAGGCCGAACUUCUCGUCAUUGACGAGGCUGCUGCCAUCCCACUGCCCCUUGUGCGUAAGCUGAUGGGCCCUUAUCUUGUAUUCAUGGCUUCUACCAUCAAUGGCUACGAAGGAACGGGUAGAUCUCUCUCAUUGAAGUUGAUUCAACAGCUCCGCGAGCAGUCAAGAGGAGGCCUCAAGACCAAUGGCCAGGAGGAGGCUGAUGUUGCUGAUCGCGCAACUGGUAAAUCCGCUAAGAACCCAGAGAAAAGCUUAGGAGGCCGAACUCUGCGAGAGGUUACAUUGUCCGAACCUAUCAGAUAUGCGCCCGGAGACUCUGUUGAGAAAUGGCUGAAUAAGCUCUUGUGCCUUGACGCAACCUUGCCCAAGUCCAAGAUGAACAUGCAGGGCUGCCCUCAUCCGUCACAAUGCCAGCUUCUACAAGUCAACCGAGAUACCCUGUUUUCAUUCCAUCCUGUCUCUGAAAAGUUCCUCCAGCAAAUGAUGGCCCUUUAUGUUGCCAGCCACUACAAGAAUACCCCUAAUGAUCUCCAACUCAUGAGCGACGCGCCCGCGCACCAGCUCUACGUGCUUGUCCCACCAAUAGAUGAGGAUAGCGUCAAGUUACCGGAACCUCUUUGUGUCAUCCAGGUAGCUCUAGAAGGUCGCAUUAGCAGACAAAGUGUUCUCAAUGGUUUGAGCCGUGGACAGCGUGCCGGAGGUGACCUGAUCCCGUGGCUUGUCAGCCAGCAGUACCAAGAUGAAGAUUUUGCCGGUCUGUCAGGUGCCAGAAUUGUCCGUAUCGCGACGAAUCCGGAGUAUUUGAGCAUGGGUUAUGGAUCGCGGGCGCUUGAGUUGCUCAUUGAUUUCUACGAGGGCAAGUUCUACAAUCUCUCCGAAGAUGCACCAGUGACACAAGAGGAAAUGGUCAGAGUUACCGACGAAGAGCUGGCAAAUUCCAACCUUCUGGACGACAAUGUUCAUGUUCGGGACAUCCGAUCCAUGCCACCCCUCUUUGCCAAACUGUCUGAAUCUCGACCCGAUUCUCUUGAUUAUCUCGGUGUCAGCUAUGGGUUGACACCAUCCCUACAUAAGUUCUGGAAGCGCUCCUCGUUUGCCCCUGUGUAUCUCCGCCAAACACCAAAUGACUUGACCGGUGAACACUCGUGUGUGAUGCUGCGCACCCUGAGCACGGGAGAUAACGACGCAAGCUGGUUGGGGGCUUUUGCACGAGACUUCCACAAGCGUUUCCUUGCACUGCUGUCGUAUCAGUUCAGGGAGUUCCCUUCUGUGCUUUCGCUCAGCAUCUGCGAAUCUGCCAAUGCUGGCGCCAAGCUCGACACCUCGCUCACCCCUUCGCCCCUGACCAAAUCCACUAUCGAUGCCGAUCUGUCUCCCUUCGAUCUUAAGCGUAUCGACAGUUACUCAAACAAUCUGCUUGAUUACCAUGUCAUCCUCGACAUGGUCCCUACCAUCGCAGAGUAUUAUUUCUCCGGUCGUCUCAGCGGCAAGGUUAGCCUAUCCGGUGUCCAGCAGUCUAUCCUGCUCGCCAUCGGUUUGCAGCGAAAGACCUUGGAUCACCUGGAGAAGGAACUCAGUCUGCCACCAUCCCAGCUUCUAGCGAUGUUCCUCAAGAUCAUCCGUAAAAUGUCGACCCAUUUCCGUGCUAUUAUUGAAGGUUCUGUCGCAGAGACAAUGCCCUCCGUAAAAGUCCCAGUGACACAGGCAUCCGAUGAAGCCCAUGACGAGGUCACCGACGAGAGAUUCAAGCCACUGGAGCAGAGUCUUGACGACGAGCUACGCGAGGGAGGACAGCAGGUGAACGUGGAGCUACGGGAGAAACAGAAGGCUUUGAUCGACGCACUCCCUCUUGACCAAUACGAAAUUAACAACGGCAGUGCUGCUUGGGAAGAAGCUGAAAAACAGAUCCGUAGCGGGAAGACGUCGACAGUCAGUGUCAGGUCAUCGAAGCCUAGCAAGCGCAAGAAGGGAGAGUCGGCUAGGGAGAUCUAUGACACGGAAAUUGAUUCGAAGAGACAGAAGAUUAUUAAGAAGGGCACGGAAGGGCGAAAAGGGAAGCAUUAA